AGGAAGUUGUCCUGUUUGUGCCUGACACUGGAGAGGAACUCCCAGUGCCGAAGACUAUUACAAAUACUGCUCUUUAUCCUAAACAACGGCCUGAGGAGAGGCAAUGGAGGUGGAUUCAGUGUUUUUCACUGAUCGCAGUGGGAGGGUCACCAGUAACCCACUGCUGGACCAGCUCCCCAGUUACCAGUCCCUACUGUACCGCAGGAAGUCCUCGUCCAGUGGGUCCAAGCGCAGAGGCAGCUCUCGGGGACGGAUGGGCUCCUCUGGCAGUGGGAAGUGGACUGUGAGUACUGUCAACAGACAUAUGGACAACCAGAGAGCCGAGCAGAGAGCCAUCCGAGAGAUGCCCAUUAGUAUGGAGCAGAAGCGCAGAGAAAAAGCUCAACGCCUGGAGGAGGCUGGACAGCUGAGCAGCUGGAGCCAGUGGAGAGAGAGCACUCGGAGGUACCUGAGGAGGCUGAGGGAGGACGCACACCAGUGGAUGAGCUCUCUGAAGCUCUGGAGAGGAGACAUUCAUGCUAUUGAGGGGAUGUUUGGAACUGGGAUCUUGUCCUACUUUUCAUUUCUACGUUUUUUAGUUCUGCUGAACUUCAUCAUUUUUUUGCUCAUGUUCAGCUUUGUCAUGCUGCCCAUCAUCAUCGUUCCACACACUUCAGCAAACAAAACCUACAACCAGUAUGAUGGUAGUGUGUGUAGCCAGUAUCCUAGCAGUUCUCGUCGAGGCCUUGUCAUUUUUCAUGAGCAUAUUACAGAUUUGCUCUCUGGAGGUGGCUUUUUGGAACAGACUUACCUGUUCUAUGGUUUUUAUAAAGCGGAUAAAAUCAUCUUUCCAAAUUUCACUUAUAACGUCCCACUUGCCUAUUUAUUGGUCACAAUAGCCUAUCUAAUUCUCAGCCUCAUCUGGAUAGUCAAAAGAUCUGCCACAGGGUUUAAGCGUAACCUGGUUCAAGAUGAGGAUCGGUUUCAGAGUUUUUGUAACAAGAUCUUUGCUGGGUGGGAUUUUUGUAUUACCAAUGAGAAUGCUGCACGCCUGAAGAGGAGCAGUCUUCUUUAUGAGAUUAGAACAGACUUGGAGGAGGAGAGGAUUAAGCAAAAAAUUGCAGACCGCACCCAAAAAGAGAAAUGUAGAAUUUACAUUAUACGAUUCAUAUUGAACCUUUUUGUUAUUGGGGUACUCGCAGCCUGCUUCUAUAGCAUUUAUGUAGCCACUACUUACUCCCAGGAAGUCCAGUUGGAUAAUAAAAAGGAAAAUUUCAUCAUGGAUCUCAUCUAUGAAUAUCUUCCCUCAAUUGUCAUCACACUGGCAAACUUUAUCACUCCAGUGCUGUUCUCAGUAAUAAUAAACUUUGAGGAUUAUUCUCCAGCCUUUGAGAUUCGCUUCACUCUCAUGAGGUGUGUCUUCAUGCGUUUGACCAGUAUUGGAGUUUUGCUAUUCUCUCUCUGGUCUCAAAUCACCAAAUGUGAGGAGGAUCCCUGCAUUUGUGGAUACAACCAUGUCCUUUAUUCUUGUUGGGAGACACGUGUGGGCCAGGAGAUGUACAAACUUGCCAUAUUUGACUUCAUCAUAAUUUUUGCUGUCACCAUCUUUGUUGAGUUUCCUCGAAAGCUAAUAGUGCAGUACUGUGACUGUGGGCUUGCUAAGUGGGUGGGACAGCAGGAGUUUGCAAUCCCUCAAAAUGUUUUGGAAAUCGUUUAUGGUCAGACAAUCUGCUGGAUCGGCACCUUCUACUGCCCAUUGCUGCCUGCUGUCUGCACCAUAAAAUACUUCUUCAUUUUCUACAUCAAAAAGAUCUCACUCAUGAACAACUGCCGCCCGGCCACACGUCCAUUCAGAGCAUCAAGUUCCAACUUCUUUUUCCUUGGAGUUUUGCUGAUAGGACUUGCUUUAGCGUGUCUACCAGUGAUUGUUAGUGUUGCACAGAUAAACUGUUCACAAGCAUGUGGGCCUUUUGUUAGUUACAACACCUCCUGGGAAGUUCUUCCACAUACAAUAUCCCAACUACCCAAUGAAGCUCAAAAACUCCUGUAUGCAAUCUCAUCAGAGGCCUUUGCUGUGUGUCUUUUUGUCUUUACUUGCUUAGCAAUGUUCUAUGUAAUUGCACUGGCUGGAGCAUAUAAGAGAGUCAUCAAUCAACUGAGAGACCAGUUAGCAAUGGAGGGACGAGACAAGCGCUUCUUGAUACAGAAACUAUGCCAGGCUCAGCAUUCUUCACCUGUCAAAUCAGCAGUAUCCAGCUCUCAGCCUCGCACGACCCGAAGCCCCAGUUACCACACCAGCUUCGCUAAUAACUUCAGUGAAGGAGUUUUCCUGGCACAUUCUCCUCCUGACGCCUCCACACAUGUGUAAAGAAUGGGAAACACUAAAGAUUUACUACUACACAUGGCAGACUUAAGCGACAAGCAUGAAUACUGUGAUGACAAUUCAAAACCUACAGCAAAUGAUUUUUAACCAAAAAUAGUAUAAUAUGUUUGUGUGUUUUUUCAGGGUUUAUUGUAUAUGACAUAUCUUCCUUCUGAGAAGGAUUUUAAUUACUACUGAUGGAAAAAACACUAUUUGUGCACAUUUCUGUUUUAACAAUUUAACUCCUGUUUAUGUAAGCUUUUUUUUUCGUUGUAAUUACUGUGUUAUUUUACCAUUUUAACUGUUACAUCAUAUUCCCAGACCAGCUUGAUCUUGCGUGUUUUUUUUUUCCUAUUUUUGAGCCAUUUAAUACUAAAAUAUAGCUCUAUUGAGAUAUCGUUUUUGUUUUAAUAGUUUUUAUAUAACAAGGGCAUCUUUGGUACUCUUUAAAUAAAAUAAAUUGUAUAUAUUC